GGUCAUAGCUGUCCUCGUCAUGGGGCUUCUCUUGGACACAAUCAAUUUCAGCCCUGAAAUUGAAGGAUUUCUUUUACGGUUCUGGGAGAUGCUGACAUAUUUGGCCAACACGUUGAUUUUCUUCAUUGUUGGUGUUGUGGUUGCCAGAGCAUUCCAGCAUGUGGGUGUCAAGGACAUAUUCAAUAUUAUAGUGCUCUACUUUGCUAUGUACAUCAUAAGACUUGUAACUGUAAUUGCACUGUCACCCCUUCUGGUACGUACUGGCUAUGGCUUCAGCUGGCGGUGGGCAGCAGUGUUUAUCUGGGGAGGUACCAAAGGGGCCUUUUGUCUAAGUCUUACACUCAUGGCUUUUCAGUCUGAUGAUUUGGACGAAGUGCAAGUGAGAGAAAAGAUUUUGGUCCUUUCGUCUGGAAUGGUGGUCCUGACACUUCUAAUCAAUGCAACAUCAAUGACCUUGUUCCUUCGCCUAUUAGGCCUAUGUGAAGUGUCUGCACCCAGACGCAUGGCAAUGUAUAGUGCAGUGCAGCGGGUACGAGAGAGCUCUCAGAACACCUUCAGCUUGUUGAAGAUUGACCACUUCUUAGCAGACGCCAACUGGGAAUUGGCAGAGCAGACAGUCCUCAUAGAGGACCCUUAUAAAACCCCUGAUGAGAAGGUUGGCAUUGAAGAGUAUUCCCCCACAGACAGGAUGACCAAGUGCCCAGACUGUGACAAGAGCAUUCCCAACACACCAUCACCGCAGGAGCUAGAGGACAUGUGGGAGGAGGCUCGCAUGCGUAUUCUGAAGGCCCAGAAGACUAGCUACUGGAAGCAGUACAGCGCUGGAAUGCUGAACAGAGAGGCAGCCAGGAUUCUCAUCAAUUUGGCUGAGAACAUGAUGGACCACAAGGGAAAGUUCAUGAAUGUUCAGGAUGUCAAGAAAUACUGGGAGUUGAAAGGUUUUUUUGUGUCUCUUCGGAAUAAACUGGAGGACUGGCUGUACAACGUCAAAAGUGAUAAACUCAAGCCGUCAGGCUCCUCAUUCCCAGGCUCAUAGGAGCCGUAAACGGCCAG